AAACCGACACAACUUGCCGUUAAAUAGACCCAUCUCUGCACCAUUGGAGAGCAAGCUGCACAAACCAGAACUCCUCAGGAAGAGCUAAGCAAUCGCAUCGCAUCAGAUCACCAACAUCCAUUCCUAGCUACCUAGCUGAUCCCAAUGGCAAGCAGCACCGCUCUCUACUGGCUGGCCGCGCUACUGCUCCUCGCGGCCGCCGCGGCGCCGGCGUCAGCGGCGGAGAAGGAGACCCGGCUGCGGGUGUACUGGCACGACGUGGUGAGCGGCGGGCCGAACGCGACGGUGGCGCAGGUGGCGCAGGCCCCGUCAUCCAACGCCUCCGCCACCGGCUUCGGCAGCGUGUCCGUCAUCGACGACCCGCUCACCGAGGGCCCCAGCCUGACGGGCUCCAGGCUCCUCGGCCGUGCGCAGGGCGUCUAUGUCAGCGCCGGCAAGGACAGCCUGUCGCUGCUCAUGGCCAUGAACUUCGUCUUCGUCGACGGCGCCUACAACGGGAGCAGCAUCGCCAUCGUCGGCGCCAACCCGGUGAACCGGGCCGUCAGGGAGAUGGCCGUCGCCGGCGGCACCGGCGUCUUCCGGUUCGCGCGCGGCUACUGCCAGUUGCGGACCCGCUGGUUCGACGCCAAUACCGGCGACGCCACCGUCGAGUACAGGGUCCAUCUUCGCCACGACUGAUGGAUGCAUCCUUGUUUCGUGCCCGGUCGGUGCUGUGAUCGAUAGUCGUUGCUCACAUGAGCUCGAGCUAAGAAGAGGACAUUGCUUAUUUCAAUAAUUUAUUUGGAAAUAAAUAAUACCGUAUGAUAAUAUUGAUUUUGUCAACAUAUCAAUGUUUGUUGAUUUUUCUUUCAAAUUUUGUCUUUAGAACCUACUGUUUACCUGAGCUCACAUGAGCUCGAGCUAAGAAGAGGACUUACGUUCUUUGAGAUAAUUUCUUGGAAAGCAAAUAAUAUCGUUUAAUAA